AUGAGUCGUCCCUUGCCGGAGCUGACGAUAACCGAGGAUCUCUCGGACAAAGAAACCGAGCAACACUGCCGGGGCACCAUGGUUCCAACGCCUUACUCUAUAUGCCAUCUUUUAUCCUCCACCAUCGACUUCCCGGCAUUCGACGCCGCCAACGACGCCCUGAUUCCUGUCGUCAAGCCCCAGUGGGUACAGGCCUGUCUUUCGAAGAGGAAACUGGCCAACCCACGCCAGUACAGUCCCGAUCCCCGGCUGUUUUUAAAUGAUGUCGUGGUUACUUGCGGUGAUAUCCCCGAAGGCGAUAAGGAUGCCAUUGUUGGUGGUGUCCUGGCGAAAGGCGGACUCUAUAGUACUAGAAUGACGCAUAUGGUCACUCAUCUGGUCGAUUUGACUGUAGAUUCUGAUAAGGCACGGCUGGCUACCGCCAGGAAGUUGAAUGUCAAGAUAGUUCUCCCCCAUUGGUUUGAUGAUUGCCUGAAGCUUGGGCGUCGAAUCGAUGAGCGUCCCUAUACCUUUCCCGACCCGGAAAUCUUACGCGCAGCCCCCGAUGCGCCCAUCCGUUCCUCAGAGAACCGCGAUAUCGUCGGAGCAUCUACGCCGGAGCCGACCACCCUGCCAACCGCCAUGUCUCCGAAGCUCGAUGUGUUUGAAGGAAAGCGCGUGAUGCUUUCUUCAGACCUUGGGAUCGGUUCGCAUUUAUCAGAAUCCAUCACCGAAGUCAUCAAGCAGGGUGGCGGGUCCAUAACAUCUGAUGUCUCAAUAGCGGACAUCUUGAUCUGUCGCUAUAGAGAAGGAAUUGCCUACCGUACGGCCUCGAGGUUGAAUAAGGACGUUGGGAACUUGUCUUGGCUAUACCACCUAUUGACCUACAAUACAUGGACCUCGCCUCUACGACGACUACUUCACUACCCGGUCUCCCGGACUGGAAUUCCGGAGUUCAAAGGACUCAAGAUCAGUCUGUCUAACUAUGUCGGUGAGGCCCGAGCCUACUUGGAGAAUCUGAUUGCAGCAGCUGGGGCAGAGUGCACCAAAACCCUGAAGCAAGACAACACUCAUCUGGUAACAGCCCAUGGGAAUAGCGAGAAAUGCAGUGCAGCGAGGGAGUGGGGACUCCAUGUCAUCAACCACCUGUGGCUGGAAGAAAGUUAUGCAAAAUGGACGCUACAAUCCGUGUCUGACUGCCGUUACACCCAUUUCCCUCGGAGAACCAAUCUGGGCGAAGUGGUCGGACAGACACGACUGGAUAAGGCGGUCCUCGAAAGCUUGUUCUACCCCUCCGAAGACACAUCGGAGCAGGAUGUAGCCCGUCCGAUGCAGGAUAAAGAUCAGAAUGUAGUAGCAGCCAAGCCAGUACCGACUAGGAAAAAGUCGGAUCUAGAAAGUGAAUUGCCAGAUACACGAAACAUUACACCCCGGGCUGCCGCCAAGUCGCGAAAGGAUUCAGAUAGCAAAAAGCUGCAAACGCCCACGCAGGCCCGACUCACCUCGGAAGGCAAGGAGAACGAGACGCCGUCGUCCACGAGCAGCCGCAAGUCCAAGGAAGCUGCUACUGCUCGUCUCCACGAAUACGCUCCAGAUAUGGCCUUGUACGAAAAAGAGAAGAGGCGUGUGGGGGGCGUCGUCUAUGGGGGUCGCCGGGUGACCGACGAGGAUCGUGUGAUCCUCAGCAACGGCAAAAAGCGGAGAUCAAUGGAGGCGGAGGACAGCCACAAUGAGGAGGAGGCAGUCGAUCCUAAGAGACAAAAGAAGACCAAGCCUCCUAUUUCGAUACACCUCUUGAUCACUGGCUACCAGAAAUGGGUGGGGAACCUUAAGAAAGAGGACUCAGACAAGCGACAACUUCGGGACCUUGGAAUCCUAGUAGUACAGGAUGCCCGGAAAUGUUCUCACCUCGCUGCCCCUUCCAUACUGCGGACACCGAAAUUCGUCAACGCGCUUGCGUAUGGACCAACGAUAGUCAAUAUCGACUUCAUCACGGCAUGUCUCAAAGAGAACGAGCUGGUGGAUCCGGCUGAAUUCCCCCUGGAGGACGAGGCCGCAGAGAAGCGACUUGGGUUUUCGCUGGAGGAGGCGAGAGGGAACGCCAAGAAGAACAAAAACCGGCUUCUGCAGGGAUAUCAGAUCUACUGCGUGGAGACCAUCCGCGGCGGAUUUGACGCAUUCAAGUCGAUUGUGGAUGCAAAUGGAGGAGACUGUUCGCUGUUCCGCGGACGCGUGUCGCACCAAUCACAACGGGACGAGAGCGACGAUGACAGCUCGGUGGAUUACGAGGACCGUAGUCGGAAGGAGAUGUAUCUUCUAAGCAGUGUGACGGCUGAUCAUCAGCGACUAUGGCCACGUUUCCGACAGCUGGUACACGCCUUGGGUAAGACACCGCGAAUUGUGCGCGUGGACUGGCUUCUGGAUAUUGCCAUGUCGCAAACGCUGCAUGAGGCCGAUGCCUAUGAGCUGAACGAGGAGAUGGUGGCCAAGUUGGACGAAUAG